ACCGCAGGGCAUUGUGGGUAAACGAGCCAUGUUUUUGCGGUUGAAUGUGAUGUACGCGAAAGAGUAGCAAACAAGAUUCUGGUUAAACCAUUUGUUUUCCCGUGUGAAGACAGUUCGGUGGGAUCUGUGACGAGUGUCAAACAAGUCGUCCGGACACCAUCGAGAGGAAUUUUCUACGCCAUGUGUGGCCUGCUACGUGCUGUGCUCGGCGGUCGCACUUUUGCUUUUGAUCCGCAGAUUUUGACCUCGUAGUAGUAUCACUUUAGGCCCAGGUGUUGUGUGUUAAUUUGACACCGAUUAAUUUCACCUUCAUGUGAAGUGCGCGAUUCGCUGCUCAUCCGGACGCCUGGGCUGAACUCCGACGUGCAUCCGAUGAGACCAGAAGCCCAACGAUGUCCGAGGGUUGGGCACUCCACACGGUAAACUCCCAGUUGCUCUAAAGGAAAGAUAGGUGGAGAGUUGGCCGGGGGUAAUGCCCCUGUGGGGCACGAGAGCUCGUGGGGGCUAACGAGGCCCCGAGCAGGCAGCAUGGCCCAGUGGCCCCCUCGAUGGCGGCAGACGGCCCCCCCCAGUUGAGAGCGGCAUCUCUGCCCCCCUGCCCCCUCGAGGAGGGAACCCCCAGCGCCACGGAGGAGGACGCUGCCGUCUGGCCACAGCAGCAGCAGCACCGUAGUCAUGCAGCAGCAGCUGGUCACAGCAACACCACUACAGGCCCAACACGUGAUCCAGCACCAGAGCUGCUGCAGCGCUCGAAGGAUGAAACGGGUGCAAGCUUUGGUGGCAGUGCUGCUACAAUGGAAGCAGGCGCUCAGGGCAGUGGGAAACCCGGUUAUAUCCCCACUGCUGUACAUGUGCCCCCUGGCUGGCGUCGCUGUCUUGUCGAAGGCAAAAUUGUCUACUAUAGCCCCAGCAACCACCAGCUGCGGAGCCUGGACGAGGUGGCCAGGUACCUGCAGACGGAUGGCGUGUGCAAGUGUGGCCUGGACUGCCCUCUCAACCUUGAGAAGACGUUCAGCUUUGAUGCAGCGGCUCUGUCCCGACCCUGGUCGCCCACUGCCAGCAGCAGUGGCUGCAGGGUGCCUCUCCAUGGCAGAGCUGUGUCAGCGGUUGCCACCCUCACCACCACCACCAGCACCACCAGCACAAGCAGUGCUACAUGCCCAAGUUUGCCCACGUUCAGGUCCCCUUUGCCAACGGCAACAGCCACGGUGGCAUCUCCAUUGGCCAGGCCUGCGAGAAAAGAACCUGUCCGCAAGCGGAGCUCUCGUGCGAAACAGCGUGGCCCUUUUGACGGCGUCCUGGUGUCUCAGUUGUUGGCACAGCGUGACCAGAAUGCCCUACGGAAGCAGGUUGUCAGCAGUUGCGUUCCUGCAAACACAAACACCCCGGUGCAUUACACAAGCAGCAACACUAUCACCGGUGCCGUGCCCUGGCAGGCUACUGGAUACUACCAGCCUCGCCAGGACACUGUGACCAUCCAAUGCAGCAAUACAAAUGUGCAGGGAAGUAGCAGCUUCCCUCCAGUGUCCGGCGGGAUGAGGAGAAUAGUUGCUCAGGCGAUCUGUUCACCUGCCCCUUCGGCACUGCAAACAAGUACCGGUACAAAUUACCAGUGUGCAAACUUCCCCUGUUGCCCAACAAAGCCUUCUGGCACUUCCGCCUCCUCUGGUCGUUCGAGAGGACAGAAGAAACUGCCCCGCACUAGAAUGCCGAAGCUGAGUGCCAUCAUAUCCAGCCGUGCAGUGUGUCCAAAUGUGGAUGUUGGCCAGAUGGUGGCAGCUCCUGGUCACUCAACAACGAACACAUGUCACGGGGCUCGUCAGCACAACUGCUCCACCCACGAUGCUUCUUCCCCUGCUUCCACGCCAAAUGCAAUGGUUGGGCCUUCGAUUGGCCAGUGUACCACUGUGCACAUGGGUAGUACUGGCCAGCUCACCACCUGUAGGACCGCAUCAAAAGAAAUUCCUAUGCAGGUGCCACAGGUGGGGGGGCUGCCAGUCCUGAAUGGAGGUCUGUCCAUGGCGUCAAUUCCUUGCAGCACUGCCAUGACAACUGCUCCUUUUGUCUUCACAAGUGCGCCCAGUGGCGGUGUCAUGAAUCAGGGAAGGAGCACCAUCAUGGUGCAGCAGGUCUACAGCCAGAAAAUGGCCAACUACUCGCCAAACGAGGCUGCCAAGGGUAGCCAGGUGCUUCAACACAUGAGCAGCGUAGUUCUUCCUCCUGGUGCUGGAGGCCUCUCUGCGCAACCCUUGAUCAUGGAAUCUUCACCAACGAUUGUCUCCAGCGGGCCUUUUAUCUCCCAGCUUAGUCAGGGGAUUCUGGGGCAAACACACCAUACUCCCAGUCACUUUUCACCCCAGCAGAGGUUUUCAGAAGUGCCUCGCAGUUGCGCGGAAUGCCCGGUGACCUCCACAACCCUGUGCACAUCCUCGCUGUCUGCUCCCCAGGUUCUGCUCAGUGGCAACCCGAGCUCCAGCAUUGUGCUACCGCAUUCAAACCCUUCCCUGUCAGUUCCCAGUGUAACGACGGUGACAACCUCUGUGGCACAGAUGAUGCCCACAGUGGUGCAGCUCAUCAACCCUCUACCCCUGAACCCGGUGCAGAAUGCGCUGCUCAUCCCGCAGCUUCCAACCCUGCGGCUGGACACCCUGCCCACGUUCGGAGCGCCCGCAGGGCUCUUCAGUCCCGGCAGCACGUUCCUGUCAUCUUCACCGAUCCCGGUUCUUGGCUCGCCAGUGGGUUCAGAAACAUCCCCCAGUUCGUCCCUGCUGGGUCAUGCCACACUGCAGCCGUCCUCCUACGUCGAUUCGGCGGGACAGGUGCGGUCACGCGACACGACGGUAGCUGCGCCUCGGACGUUGGUGACAGCCAGUUUCACACCCGGUACCAUGCAUGCCCUGUCGGCCACCCCUCAUCCACCGCAGCAGCAGUCCUUCUACACAACGGAUGCAGUCAGUGGCAUGGUGCAGACCGGUGCGGUCCAUCACAGCGGCGGUGCUGCUCUGGCUGGUGCGCCUUGCAUGUCCUGUGGACCGGCUCCAGUGACUGAGUCUGUGUGCGACAGUGCCUCCUGUCGUCUGGGCCUGGCCAAUGGGGAUGAUGGCACUUCCAAGGCCAAGUGUGGAGUGGCAGAAGUGGGCCGGGGACCAGUGAACAUGCUGAGUCUGACGGUCUCGAGUCUGCAACAGGCAGGCCUACCCACAGUGACAGUGUUCCCGGCUGGGCAAGCCCCCGUCGUCCAGUCGGCGCCCCUGCUCAACUAUGGAACCCUGCCCUCAGUGAGCCCCCCACAGCUGGUCAUGGGCAUGAUGCCAUCCCUGGGUCUGCUGGGCAUGCCCAUGCACAAUGUUGUCACAGCCCAACCACAGCCCAUCACUGUGCUGCAAGAACGAUGUCAAACCAUACAACAAACCCAGCAGCAGCUGCAGCCUCAACUGCAGCCACAGCCUCAACUGCAGCCACAGCCUCAACUGCAGCCACAACCUCAACUGCAGCCACAGCCUCAACUGCAGCCACAGCCUUCACUGCAGGCGCAGCGUCAACUACAGCCACAACCUCAACUACAGCCACAGCCUCAACUGCAGCCGCAACCUCAGCUGCAGCCACAGCCUCAGCUACAGCCUCAGUUCCAACUACAGCCCCAAGUGCAGUCACAGUUUCAACUCCAGCCUCAGCCACAGUCACAGCCCCAUUUACAGCCACAGCCGAUUACCCAGCCCCCGCUGCAACCGCAGUUGCAUCCACAGGUUGAUUCACAGUUAACAUCACAACCAUCUCCACCGCUACCAUCACCACGACAGAUGGCAUCAGACCAGCACAAGCUCAUUACACCUGUGACACCCAUAGAACCUUCGCAAGAAUCACUGGUAAUGCAGCAUAGUGGCACAAGUGCUGAAGACAGCUCAGAUGCAGAGCUUGAUGCUCCAGUAAUGUGUUUCGAGGCUGAAAGAGAACUGUCAGCGGAGGAGUGCAAGACGGGGUUCUUAAACGACGAAGUGGCAUUUACAACAGCAACAACAGCUGAGGCCAACCUAUCGGCCAGCGAAGAAGAGGCAGAUGAACAGCUGCCAAGGCCUGGCAGUCGGGGCUUUCCAACGCACAUGGACAUGGAUGUGCCAGCAUUUGCAAAUGCAGAUGUGCCAGUGUCUUCAGAAAAUGACUGUACACAUGUGCACAGUGUUGGGGUACAGAGCCUCUCCGUGGAAGCAGGUGAAAGCAGCCCGUCGGUGUCAUCCACCGUUCCCAUCCAGGCAGGACCGACCCAUGAAGUGAGUCGUGCACGUUUUGAGUGGGCUGCUUAUGGAACUGAACAGGAAGGCCACAUAUCGUCCAGCACAGGGACAAGCGACGACCCUGGCUGUGCUGCUUCAGUGGACUUGAGCCAGCUGCAGCCGAGGCAGCAUGAGUGUUCCAGUGAAGAGACCCUGGUGGGGGAAGGGCAGCCUUCCAUGGGAGGGACGAGCAGUAGUGGGGAUUCGGGAGUAGAGUCCAGUCAUGAGUUGCAGCGGACAAACAUGACCUGUGUGCAGUCAUUAGAGAGUGAUGUCAGUAGUGUUGCUAAGCAGAAGGCCAAGAAGGACCCCAAGCGUAGAAGGCGGGAACUGCUUUUCCUUACCCAGGAUGAGUUUAGAGAUGACUCGGCUGCAGAGGAUGAGCGAGAAUCUCCUCCACUGCCUCCACAACCACGCACAUUUGACAUUGGGGACCUGGUGUGGGGCCAGAGCAAGGGCUUUCCCUCAUGGCCGGGCAAACUGGUGCGACCAGACCAAGUGCGGGGCCACCACAUCAUCUCUGAAGAUGGCAAGCUCUGGGUGCAAUGGUUUGGUGACCACACCUUCACCCAAGUGGAGCCGGAGAAGCUGAAGACCUUGUCUGAGGGGCUUGAGGCUCAUCACCGGGCACGCAAGAAGCACCGCAGGGGUCGCAAGCUGAAUGGCAACCUGGAAAAUGCCAUUCAGGAGGCCAUGAUGGAACUGGACCGACAGACUGGCACCGUGCUUCCCUGACCAUCACACCUCCACUUUUUACUGCUGCUGUCAUCACCUUUCAUGUACUGCACUCAAAAUGAGCUGCUGUGCCCUAGCAUGUGCUAGGUCCUGCUUGGCGAUUGUACAGUGGCACCAGAUGGCUUUCUUGCUGAGUUGUAAGGAUUCUUUCGUUAUUCUAUUAGCACUAAAAGCCACCUUUGUACUUGGGUCUGGUUGUUCUACCCCUGAUGUAUUUGAUGCUCAUUAUAACUGACUGAUAUCAACUCGAUGUUAUGGACAGAUCAAUAUCAAAAGGACAGUCAUGACUUGAUGCAUACCUAUCUGUGCUAGCUGUGCAACUGCAAGCUUUCCUGUCACCUCCCCGUGUUGCUUGCUGCUUGAAAAACCUCAAGAUCUGGCCGCAAGAAAAAUGUGACGGAGCUUGGCAGUACGUUUUGGUAACUGCACAUACUGAGACAAUAGCAUAGGUAAGAGCAAGAUGUCAAAAUUCAUACACUGUUAGAAUCAAGAAAGAGAGUAAGUAAGACAGCAAGAUCAAAGAAAGUGAGGAGUGAUAUCAGAAUGUCGGAACUCUUGUCCUUCUCACUUUAACACAUGCAUGCAAUGUGCCGUUUGGUGCCACUGUCCAAUCAGGAAGCAUGCUUUCUGGCCCGUGCUCGUGGCAUUAAAGCUCAUGCUGAGUGUGAUGGUUCACACACAUACUUGUGCAGCUUCGUUCCCCAGAAGUGUAAUUGCCUCUUGUUUUAGCUGUUUAGCUCCGAGCCAUUCAUUGUUCCCCCACCAGCUUAACUGCAUUUGUUGUCUGCCUCAAGGAGUAUUCACUAAUGUCUUGGGAGAGGAACUGUAGUGCUUCGAGGCUGAUGACAUUGCAUCAGAACAUCUAGAUAUAUUGAUUGAACUAUUUUCUACCCUAGAGCGUCUAGUGUUGCAUGAUGCUAAGGAAGCAGGGGCAGGCACUCAUUCAUCGUGACUAUAAGUUAUGGCAAAAUGAGUUGAGGCCCUGUCGGUCACCUGAGUUGCUUGUGUGGCGUAUGUGAUAAAGCAAAUGCAGUUACCGAGUGAUUUUUUGGAUAUGAAGGGGUCUGCGAAAAUGUCCGAGUAAUGGGGCAGUCCAAAAAAGCAGGAUUUCAAGUGUAAAAUAAUUUUCUUGAUUUAUACAACACAAAGUUUGGCAAAUUUAUUUACAGAAUUUUGCUCGGUGUUCUGCUUUGUGCAAAUAUUAAUAAUAAACUUCGGUUGUCACAAGAGUCGAUGAGCAAGGUUACUGUUUCCUGCCAAAUCAACGAAACUAUCUUUGCAGCAGCUGUUUGGAAUUGGGAAAGCUGGCAAAUCAGCUUGCCAACAAAAGUGAAAGUAUGGGCAGCAACCCGAAUGGCAACAACUUCAACCACGUUUGACAUGUUUGCGACAAUAUGUGCACAGAUCAUGACCAAAAAAUUUAGCAACACACCGAGCCGCAUUCAAAAUUUCACUCUCCUUUAUGCUUUGGUUCUGUGGCAAAAGUUAUGCUGCCUCAGGGAUGUCUGAAUGCUUGAGCAUGUCUGAAAAAUCUGUCGGGGACUGUAGUAAUGCCUCCAGCAAGAGUUAAAUCAUAAGAAAGGGUGCGUAGGGGUGUCACUCCUGUAAGAUGUUCGAGGUUGACUACACUGGGGAUUUCUUGUGCAAACUUUUAUGUAGAUGCAUCAGCCAGCAAAAUGUUGGAGUGUUCUACCAUAACUUCUUUUUAUGGUGACUUUUGAGCACAUCUACCAGGCCGUCAGACAAAUUGUUUCAGUGCUCUUGCUGAACAUGGAAGUCUUACUCAAUUUUUGUGAUGUGCCUAUGAGAAACACUGAAAAAUGUUUUCCUAUUUAUUUAUUUUUAUUAAAGAAAGCUGUGGGCUAGUAGUGAGUUUAAACUGUAUAAGCAUCACUUUAUGAAGUGCCAGCCCUGCUUAAUAUUGUCUUAAUUUAUUCCCUUUAUCAACGUUGGAUUUUUGUUUCAUUUUAGUCAUUGUUGCAAGCUGCUGUGUUUCAACUACAUUUGAAUUCUGGUGUAAAAAGAAAAAUAUUUUAUAGCUGGUGCAUUAUCAGCCAGUCAUAGCUCCAGGUUCUCCCCAAGACAUUAUUGAAGACUCUGUGUUCAUUCCCCUCCCUCUCCCCUCCAAUCCCACAUCCCGUUGCUUUCAAUAUGUAGCUUGUAGAGAAAAGGUUGAGCUUGCUACACAUCUGUACAGUAGAGAUUUUGAGAGAACGACAAGUUGAUGAAUAUAGAGAAGGAGUAAGAGAAAACUAUGAAGAGUGGAGAUCUUUUUAUACAGAAGCUAUAUAAAUAUAUAUAUAUACAUAUAAAUAUAUAAAUAUUAUAAAUAUUAUAUAUAUAUUAUAUAUGACAGCGUUGCUGUUGACGUUUGCUGUUCGUCGUUUGUUCGGUCAUUCUUUUUAACCUUUUUUUUUUUUUUUGUCGCAGGACACCCACUUUCCCUGUUUCAACCCCCCCCCCCCCCCUACAUAAACUUCCUGCCUGUUGAGGACAGUUGGUCCUAAAAAUUGUUUUUACAUUUUACAUUUUUCCUGCUGUGAGAUUGAAUGAUGUGUUGAAGGUGGUCAGAGUGAUGCUCAGUGCUGGAUUUUGCUUGUUUUUGGUUUAGCUUUUCGUGCAGAAGUAUACUAAUCUUAAGGUGGUUGAUUCCCCCUGCUUUUUGUGUCGGAGGCUUGCUGAAGAGUGUGACAGAGAGGGGCAGCCAUAAGUUGUACUUGAGCUCUGCCAGUAUGCGGAUUUUUUAAAUGUGGUGUUGCAGCCUUUCUAAAUUGCCCUUGAAAUUUCUCUAAAUUGCAGCAUAUUCUCAAUGAGAACACCACCGGCUGCUUGGGAUAAAAGUAACUUGAUUUUGCAUGUGCAAAGAAAAGUAGUUGAGAGCAAGUAAACAUUUGAUUUGUGCUUUAGGGCUUUGCAGCCAUGAUCAAUAUGAGAGGGAACAAUGAAAUCGUUUUGAAUCAGCAAUUGCUCACAAUAUAGGAUAUUCAAACAUGAUGUGUAAACAUAUACCAAAUAGCUUUUACAUUUGGACAUUUUGUCUCGUAGAACUUAUAUAUGUUCGACUCAGUUGUUGAAUCACUGUUAGCUGUUGAAUGAAAAUUGGGGUGUUCCUUAUCAGAUAUAUUGCUUACGGAGAUGCAUUUGGCAUCUGAUAUUGACGGGGCAUGAUAGCUUGGAAGAAGCUGAAUAUUUGUACGGUGGGAACAAACAAUGCGGAAAUUAGGUUUGCAGUCAUGACUAGCACAUAGGGUUGAUGGAGUUAUGUGCUUUUUCACUGGCUGCAAGUGAAAACUACAUGGUGAUAAAGCUUUCUUUUGGAAAACCCACACUUCAUAAACGUUUCAUACCGGCUUUACAGUUGGUGAAAUGCAUCCAAAAAACCAAUUGAAUCGUACAGUUCCCAAAAAUGUAUGAAAUUUCCUGCUUUUAUCUUGCACCAAAUUUUUUCACGAAUAUGCUGGCGCUCAAUAUUUUGUCUCAAAUAUAGUUCACUUUCGCCUUACUCCAAAAUAAAAGUGCAGUUUAUUUCUAGCCAGCAAAAUAAGGCCACUGUGACUGCGGCAUUGACAAGUAGUCCUUAUCUGUGGCAUUAUUGGUGCAAAUUGCAAGGAUAAGUGCAGCUCAUUAUCAGGAGGUAAAGGGUUCAGCUUCAGGCUACGAAUAGAGUGAUGGCAUUGGGAUACCAAAGUAAUACGCACAGCUGUGUUUUUGAUGCUAUCAAAUUCAUUUUGUUGCUGAAAUGCCAUCCUGGUGGUCCACUACGUUAAGGCUGCACCUUAGAGGGUGUAAGGCUCGCACCAUAUCUUAUUGUAGCUGAGUAACGAGUCGUUUGUGUCAUGCGAGGAAGCCGAACAACCAGGACACGUGAGAGGCUUGUGGGGAAGACGAACAUCAAGGUGUUCGAGAGAGUCUAGAGUCGCCCCACACACAGUUAAAAAAAUGUUGCUGCUAUCCCACGUUGCACCAUUUUCUGAAAGUUUUGUCACUUUAGUGCUUAGCUAUUUUUGCAUUACGUUGCUCAUUUAUAUCUAAUUACACCAAACUCUUAAGCAAAGAUACUGUGAAGCUCAUCAUUUUUCAAAUUGUGGUACUUAAUUAAGAUUGAAUUGUCUUUAGGCUAAUGUAAUUGAAAAUGAGUGUUGCUACUAAAUGACUUGAGUCGAAGGUAGUCUUCUUAGUACAUCAGUGGUGUGAUCAGUUUUGAAUGAAUAGUUUCAUCCUAAAUUUGCUGUGGGGAUAUAAUCCACACAGCAUGCUGCACAGUGAGCAGGCUUAGUAAAACACCACUGGCCACAAAUCUUUUAAGUCAUACUUUUCACAGCUACAUCAGAGAAGAACUACUGCUCUCACUUUUCAGUAUUGGCUUUCUUAUUUGGAGUCACAUGUUGGACAUAAGCACCAAUGUGCACAUGUUUCACUGGCAUUCAGUGUUGGUUCACUUGAGUGGCAGCCAUGUUUUCACCACAUCCACUUUUUCGGUGUUGGUGCUUCCAUGUUACACUGUGCAGUGAACAUAGUGUAAUUUCUGCUGAAUUGUGUUACAUGCUGCUACCGGUGAAAAUAAAUGCCCCGUGAUACAUAUUAUGGCUUGAAAACAGCACUGUUAUCACGCAGCAUAAAAUGGACACACUGAUGUUUGGAAUGUGGCGCAAAAAAAAGCAUUGAAAUGCAUUCACUGUGGUUGCUGCUUAAACUUGAAUCUCAAUUUCUGACAAGGUUUCUGCCUUGCUAAAAGCUUUGUUGAAAAUGACUUAGUGAUGCCUUUAAAGUGGCGGUAAUGCGAAGUUUUGACGCCUUGAUGUCUGCUUUACUUUUUAUUGAAUAAUGAAUUCACUGUCAUUAGGCAGAGCAGUAAACAUAAUAGUAUGCACCGGUGGCCUCAUAUGAUUUCUACCCUAAAAUUUAGCGUUGGUUUGUGAUGGCAAGGAUUAAACUGUAACAUCUUUUGUAGGUAUGGGACAUUAGGACAGAGGUGUCAGAGGUGAUAUCAGUUAACACAACUGUGACCGCAGACUACCCUGUUGCCCGCUCAUCUCCAUGAGGGGUCAUGCCACCUCAUAUUAUUUCACACCUUGAAAUGAUGAUGCAGUUGCAACGCUAUCAGCAAGUUCCACAGUUUGAGCCAGCUCAGAUUCCACAUCUUUGAAACAGAAUUGUCAAAUCAAUCUUUGAAACUAAUCUCAGUGCCUCUUCACUCAGCUAAGUUCAUUCUUGUUUUCAUAAAGUUUGAGUGCAGCUGGUAGGGACAUGUUGCUUUUUUUCACAGGUGCAUGUCUUAGUAUUUGUUACCAAGGUUUUACUGAGUGAUGAUCAUAGGCGCUGUGUGAGUCAGAAAUGCGAGAAGUUACUGUCAUCUUGCUUUAUUUUUAUCAUAUAUAUUUUUUUUUCAUGUCUGCUCUACUAGUGCUGUCCCGAGUGCCAUGAAUUGCCGUUCGUAACCAAGUCCUGACAGUACUUCGUUUUAGUCAAUCUCUGCUCUUCACCGAAACAGGUGGCCACCCUCUGUGCUGCUUUCUUCACUGACUCCUAAACCUUGACAUCAGGACUGAAGCAGUACCUGUGGGAAAGCAUGUUGAUGGGAGAUGUUGUGCGAAUAGUUGUAUGUUUGACCUUUCUGUGACGUUUUUUUUUAACCGAGGGAUGGGUCGGUUGGAACUUGGUUGUUGAGCCUCUUGGCAUGUGGUUUUGUUUUCGUAGCCAGCUGUUUCUGUUUGUUUGUGGAUUCUACACAGGGACUGCAACUGAACUGCACAAUAGGGCUUCCCAGCUCUGCACAUGCCGCUGUGUGCACACAUACUGUGCACACAUACCAUGUUUUGAAAGAGGUUUGCUUUUUUUUUUUCACAUCCUUUUUUUUUUUUUCCUGUUCUGUUCUUUCUCUGGCAGGAAUGUUGGAAGUGAGAUGCUAUUUUGUUUUACACAGUACAACAAUAAAAAGAGAUGGAAAGCAA